AUGGACGCUGGCAAACAGGAGGGUUUCAUCGAACGAAUCCUGUUCUUGCACGAGAUUUUGAACCGUCGCGGAAGCAAGGUUGUUUCUAGGCUCUCCAUGCAAGAUUGGGCUGCUGAAUGUGAUCGCAUUUGCCUCUUGCAUACCAUCUACGCUGGUAUGAAGAAUGCCGUGGACGCCGACGGGAACAAGCUUUUCAACGAGGAGCUCGUGACAUCUAUUGGGGAACGCUGCGUGGAAGGGGACUUCAACGCGGAGAUGGAUGGGUACCUGGCAGUACUGGAUGACGGUUUCAGAAUUGAGGAGACAAACCUUUGGUUGGAGAAUGUACCCAAGCCCAAGGAAACAGUGUCGACCAAGGUGGCUGCAACGGAUGCAACAGUGGACAAUUUGACUCUCAACGCCCGCAAAGCACAGUUCGAUGCAGACUGCCUUUCUCUAGCUAGAGAUGCAGCGCAGUUGGGUCAGCUCAUGAAGGCGGUCUCCUCUUCGGAACAGGCAGCUCGCACUGAGAAGGUGAUGCAUUUGCGUCACCAGAACAGCAUAGGGGCUGGCAUAGUUGCUGAACACAUGGCAUCACAUGUGGCAGUUCACAGCGGCAACAUCAAAGACCAAGUAGCGCUCAUUGACAGGUUCUUGACACGAUUUCCUGACAAUCCCGUCGUCAUGAUCCUAGACUUGAUGAAGUGUGGGCGCUGCUCCAACGCAGAGCUCAACGAGUACACAGAGCUGGCCACGCGCCAAGAGGUCGCUUGGCAGCCCGAGGGGAGCUACAAAGUGCCUGUUGCAGAGAAAGACGCGCUCCCGCAUGCGUCUUUGUCAGAGGUACAAGAGAGCGCCCAAUUUUUGGUGCAAGAUGCCAUGGCAAAAGCUAUCAUGGAAAGUCUUCUCGCCAAAGCCGACUUGCCACAUGAGACCAUCGCUUUGAUCAAUCUUACUCCCUACGACGGGAUGUUGGAGCGGGCUACACGUUCAUGGCAAGAGUCCAACCCAGGCACCAACAUCAACUUCAGGUCUUUAAGCAUGACAAAGAACUUGAGCACUGCACAGUUCGUGGAGAAGACAGUAGCACUAGAGUUGCUUGAGGAAUGGAAGUCUGGACAUGCUCGUUUCAAAGACGUCCGUGCAUACGAGCCAAAGCCACCAGCACAAGCGCCCAACAGCAAGUUGGAGCUGUCAUCCUACCCAUUGCGGCUUGCAAAGGUGGAGUAUGAUGCCACGCCAGGCAAGCGUGGCUGGGAACGUUACAAGGUAUCACUCCCAGCUUCCAUUCGAGCCAGGCAUGUGGAGGACGUUGUCCACGGAGCUGACUGGAAACAACUCCUGGAACAAUUUGACUCAAGGUUUAAUGACUCAAGUUUGCAUGCCUUUUUAGUCUCAGAGUCAUUUUUGGGUUGGCUGCUAAGUGGUUGGAGCACAGCGACCCAACCAUCCCAAUGCCCCAACCAUCCCAAUCUCCCAACUCUGCACUUGCACCUCAGGUUCCACUUGAGUGGGAAGUCUUUGGAGGUUGCACCUGCGGAGCCGGUCGAGCAAGAGGUCUUGGAACCAUGGGACGAGCCUCUCACGAUGGAGGACCUCCUUGACAAAUACAUUUUGGAAAGCAAGAUGAGCGGUCGCGUGGCAAAUACGACCCUGGUAUUGACGAGGGCGAAGCAGCGCGAUGGAACAGUGAGCCAAAUUGUUGAUGGUCAACAAUUCAAGCUGUUUCUAGAGACUUGGCUUACUGUUGGUCUGGAUCGAAUUUCCAACCCGUCCAACUUUCGCGCGUGUCAAUGGGAACAGGUAUAUGUCUUUCGCCCUUUAGCAUUUUGGCCCAGGUCUCCUUCUCUGAUGUCACCUUGGGGACUGGUGAGUUUCAAAUUGCCCACGGUUCGAGCCGAUUUAUGA